CGCGGCGGAGCAGUCGCGGCCGCCCCGUCCCGAGGGCACCGGCGCCGCCCGCCUCCGCCAGGCAGCGCAGCCCCCGCGUCCGGUUCCAGCUCGCCGUUCGUCUGCCGCUCCGCGCCCUUCUGUGUCGCUCUGUCUCCCGGGCGAUCUCGGCGGGGCCGCGAUGGAAGAGGAGCGGGCGGGCGAGCAGAUGAGACCGUUGCUCACCACGGGUCAUGAUGAAGAAGCUGUUGUGGAUAUGGGCAAAAUCAGCUCUACUAUCAACACAAAUUUUGAGAAAGAAGAACUAGAGAGCCACAGAGCUGUGUAUAUUGGAGUUCACGUCCCACUUGGAAAGCCAGGCCGUCGGCGGCAUAGACAUCGUGGGCACAGGCACCACAGAAGAAAAAAAGAAAAAGAAACUGAUAGAGAGGAUGGCCGAGAAUCUCCAUCAUAUGACACACCAUCCCAACGAGUGCAGUUUAUCUUGGGUACUGAAGAUGAUGAUGAACACAUUCCUCAUGAUCUCUUCACUGAAAUGGAUGAACUUUGCUUCAGGGAUGGAGAAGAAUAUGAAUGGAGAGAAACUGCUAGGUGGCUGAAGUUUGAAGAAGAUGUUGAAGAUGGUGGUGAUCGAUGGAGCAAGCCUUAUGUAGCAACUCUGUCUCUGCACAGUCUGUUUGAGCUGCGGAGCUGUAUUCUUAAUGGGACGGUCAUGUUGGACAUGAGAGCAAACACACUUGAUGAGAUAGCAGAUAUGGUUUUGGACAGCAUGAUUGCCUCUGGCCAGCUGGAUGAAUCCAUGAGAGAGAAUGUGAGAGAGGCUCUUCUAAAGAGGCACCAUCAUCAGAAUGAGAAAAAAUUCAGCAGUCGGAUCCCUCUGGUUCGGUCUUUCGCAGAUAUAGGCAAGAAACAUUCUGACCCUCACUUGCUUGAACGAAAUGGGGAAGGCCUUUCAGCCUCCCGCCACUCUUUGCGAACAGGUCUCUCUGCCUCAAAUCUUUCCCUGAGAGGAGACAGCCGUUUGUCAGUUCUUCUCAGUUACCUUCUUCCUUCUUCAAGAGCUGGGACCCCGGCAGCCUCAAGGUGUACAACCCCCGUAACCACCCCUCAAAACACACCACCCUCCAGUCCUACCUGCAGGCUCCCGCCAACCACAAGUGCCCAGCCAAGUCCACUUCAGGGCAAGGAAUUGCUGGUGUCACCUGCCAGUGAUGAUAUUCCUUCAGUAGUAAUCCACCCACCUGAGGAGGACUUAGAAGUGCAGGAAAGCCAGGAAAAGAAGACAGAGGAAAAUAUUGGCAAAACACCAGGGCUAUUGGCUUCUCCACAGUCAGCACCUGGAAAUUUGGACACUGGGAAGAGUGGAGAUGUUAAAGGUACGGGGACAGGAGGAAGCAGAGAAAACAGCACAGUUGAUUUUAGUAAGGAGUCAGCCUCCUGGCACUGUAGUUGUGGCACACUUGGUGUGGGACUCAAGAGGCCAUCUGUUGAUAUGAACUUCAUGAGGAAAAUUCCUUCAGGAGCAGAAGCAUCAAAUGUGUUAGUGGGAGAAGUAGAUUUUUUAGAAAGACCUAUUAUUGCUUUUGUGAGGCUCUCCCCUGCUGUGCUUCUCUCGGGUCUCACAGAGGUUCCGGUUCCUACACGAUUUUUGUUUUUGUUGCUGGGACCAGCAGGGAAAGCUCCACAGUACCAUGAAAUUGGGCGAUCAAUAGCAACACUUAUGACAGAUGAUGUUUUCCAUGAUGUUGCCUAUAAAGCAAAAGACCGAAAUGAUUUGUUGUCAGGAAUUGAUGAGUUUUUAGACCAAGUGACAGUCCUGCCUCCAGGAGAGUGGGAUCCAUCUAUACGAAUUGAGCCACCAAAAAGCGUUCCUUCCCAGGAGAAAAGGAAGGCACCUAAAUUUCCAAAUGGAUCUACUCCUCCAGGAGAGGGUCUUAAAGAAGAAGGCCAUCAUGCUGGACCUGAACUUCAGAGAACUGGAAGGCUUUUUGGUGGUUUGAUACUUGACAUCCAAAGGAAAGCACCUUUUUUCUUGAGUGACUUCAAGGAUGCAUUAAGCCUGCAGUGCCUGGCCUCGAUUCUUUUCCUAUACUGUGCCUGUAUGUCUCCUGUAAUCACUUUUGGAGGGCUCCUGGGAGAAGCUACACAAGGCAGAAUAAGUGCAAUAGAGUCUCUCUUUGGAGCCUCAUUAACUGGGAUUGCCUAUUCUCUCUUUGCUGGGCAACCUCUUACUAUCUUGGGAAGCACCGGACCAGUUCUAGUAUUUGAAAAAAUAUUAUUUAAAUUUUGCAGGGAUUAUGGUCUUUCCUACCUCUCCCUGCGAACUAGCAUUGGUCUGUGGACUGCAUUUCUAUGCAUCGUGCUUGUAGCCACAGAUGCCAGCAGCCUCGUGUGUUACAUCACUCGAUUUACUGAGGAAGCUUUUGCAGCACUUAUAUGCAUCAUAUUUAUUUAUGAGGCACUGGAAAAGCUUGUUCAUUUGGGAGAAGUGUAUGCCUUCAAUAUGCACAAUGAUUUGGAUAAACUGACUUCAUAUUCAUGUGUGUGUUCUGAGCCUGAGAAACCAAGUAAUGAAACAUUGCGUGUGUGGAGGAGUAUGAAUAUGUCUAGGGAAGAUAUAGCAUGGAGUAACCUUACAGUUUCCGAAUGUUUAGAAUUUCAUGGUGUGUUUCGUGGAUCAGCUUGUGGCCAUCACGGACCAUAUAUUCCAGAUGUUCUCUUCUGGUCUGUCAUACUAUUUUUCGCAACAUUUUUCCUCUCCUCUUUCCUUAAGAAAUUCAAGACCAAACGCUAUUUCCCAACUAAGGUGCGCUCUACCAUCAGUGACUUUGCAGUGUUUCUGACCAUAGUAAUCAUGGUUUUGAUUGACUAUCUUGUAGGAGUACCUUCUCCUAAGCUUCUUGUUCCAGAGAAGUUCGAACCCACCCGAAAAGACCGAGGAUGGUUCAUAGAUCCUCUUGGAGGCAAUCCUUGGUGGACACUCUUGAUUGCUGCUCUUCCUGCUUUACUCUGUACCAUUCUCAUUUUCAUGGAUCAACAAAUAACAGCCGUUAUUAUAAACAGGAAAGAGCAUAAACUGAAGAAAGGCUGUGGUUAUCAUCUUGAUCUGCUCAUGGUUGGUAUUAUGUUGGGAAUAUGUUCUCUCAUGGGCUUGCCGUGGUUUGUUGCUGCAACUGUCCUGUCCAUAAGUCAUGUUAACAGCCUGAAAGUUGAAUCUGAAUGCUCAGCACCAGGAGAACAACCAAAGUUUUUGGGAAUCCGGGAACAGCGAGUGACAGGAUUGAUGAUUUUUGUGCUGAUGGGGAUGUCAGUGUUCAUGACCUCUGUAUUAAAGUUUAUUCCAAUGCCAGUUUUGUACGGUGUCUUUCUUUACAUGGGAGUAUCUUCAUUAAAAGGCAUUCAGUUUUUUGACCGUAUAAAACUGUUUGGAAUGCCUGCCAAACAUCAACCUGACCUGAUUUAUCUACGUUAUGUGCCACUCUGGAAGGUCCAUAUCUUCACAGUUGUUCAGCUCACUUGUCUAGUUUUGUUGUGGGUGAUUAAAGCCUCUGCAGCUGCUGUUGUUUUCCCUAUGAUGGUUCUAGCAUUAGUGUUCAUUCGCAAGCUCAUGGAUUUAUGUUUCACCAAAAAAGAGCUUAGCUGGCUUGAUGAUCUUAUGCCAGAAAGUAAAAAGAAGACAGAAGAUGACAAAAAGAUAAAAGAGAAAGAAGAAGCAGAGAGAAUGUUUUCAGACAAUGACAGUGUACACCUCGCAUAUGGAGAAGCAAAUCUGGAUUUUCCUGUAAAAAGCCUGAAAUACAGCACUGAUCCCUCAGUUGUAAACAUAUCAGACGAAAUGGCCAAAACUGCACAGUGGAAGGCUCUUGCCAUGAAUACUGAGAAUGCCAAAGUAACCAGAGCUAACCUGAGCCCUGAAAAACCAGAAAGUGUGAAAAUCGAAGUGGAAAAUUCACGUGUUGUGAGAUACGUGGAUGCUGAAACAUCUUUAUAGAAUGGAACCAAUGGGAACUGCGUGUAUUUGUGUGUGUAUAUAUAUCACUGUAGGAUAUUAUACCAUGGAAGUGUGAUUUCCAAUUUAAGGAGCAUCAUAUAUUUAAUUUCUGCCAUUGUUUAGGGCACUGUAGAUAUGCUUGCAUAAUGCAAAGAUUUUCCCAACAAAUAAGAUGAGUGGUAAUCACACUUCAGCUAUUUAUUUUAUUGGAAAUUUUAUUUUCAUUUUUAAAUAGGAAGACUGUAAUGAAUGCUUAUUAUUUUCAAUAAUCAAUAUGUGCAUAAAAGUUACAUCAGCUUUUGCUGAUGAUUACUGGUCCACAUUGCUUAAAAUUUUGCAAUACCUCUGUUUAUAAUGUGUGCUACAAAAGUUUUGUUUUCCAUGCAGGCAAUUAGUGCUUGUUUUUGCAGGGUAUACUUUUUCAUGGUUUCAUAGAACAAAUAUUAAUGUGCUGUUGACAAGAACUACUGUGUUUUAUGUCUCCACUCCAUGCUAGUGUUUUCUGGAUUAUGUCUCUCCUAUUCUACAGAAAUGGCGUAGAGCCCUAAGUCAGGUGGUUAGUUAAGCCUUAAAAUGUAUCUAAAUACCCUGGUGUGCUGCUUUCUUUCUUGUUUUGAAUUCUCUUGAGUUUUCAUUAUUGUCCAGUAGCAGUAUGAGUGCAGUAAUGGUAGUUACAGUCCCAAGUCAGUAUUUGCCAUUCUGGACACUCCAUGUUUACACAAUAUAAAUUGGAUUUACAGGCAGCAAUUGGUCUAUAGGAAUUUAUAAGUACUCACCACGUCAGUACUCUUGAAUUCUUUUCUUCCUGUUUUUGCUUACACUUUUUCCCAUAGAUUUUCAGAAUCUGAUUUACUCACCUCUAAGAUUUUAGAGUAUUUCAUAUCUUCAUCAAAUAUAUUUCCUGGUUAAUAAAUCUUUAAAUUUACUGUGUAUUUGGUUAAAUUAGCUGUAGUUCAAUUCUGGAAUAGGUUUGUGAUCAGUAUUAUUUUAUGAAUUACUAAUUGCUUGUGGUAUUUGUAUGUACAGUUCUGAUCCUCUCCAUUGUAAAGGGCAUAUAUGAUAGCACACCAACUUAUUUUUAAACACUUUAUUUAUUUUAAUUAGUAUAAAUUUUUAUCAUGUAAGAUGAAUUGAAAAAAUAAAUAUUCAUUUAUUAAAGUAAAUGGGAUUUUUUGGGGACUCCACUGAUAAAGAUGCAGUCAGUGCAUUUAUUGUACUUACAUUUUCAAGUUCUAGUGUUUAACAUUAUAAUAUUUGAAAUAAUGAGAAUUUUAUAUAUAAAUGAAAAUCUUGAUCACUUACCUGCACAGUGUCCAUUCUUAAUUCUUUUUUGCCUUAUGCCUUAGUUUUUUUUUGCUUUAAUUUCCAAUGUUAUAUCUUUACCUUCUGAAUUGCCACUAGCCCUUUCUGGAUGCAUUACAAUGGCUUUAAUUAGAAUCUGUGCUCAUUUAAUAUUAGAAGAUGCUGUUUACUUAAUUCUGCUUUUGGCAGAGUUGGGAGUUUUACCAUGGACCAAGUGAUAAAAUUCUCAACUAUUGCAAAAGGAGCUGAUUCUGGAGGAGGGCAGACUUUAUCUGAAACUACCACUUGGGGUGGAAUUUUGGUGCUCUUCAGCCAAGUGUCACCUGUAGAGAAGGUAAUUGUAUAUUACAAAAAUAAAGCAAUCAGUGGGAAUAAAUAGAAACAUUUAAAAAUAGUAUUUACAUUACAUGGACUGUUACUGUUCCCUUUAAAUGUGCUGCAAUUAUAUAACAUUUUUUUUCUUUCCUUUUUUCAUUUGACUGGAUUCUGAGAAGACAGUUUAAAGAAAGGAAAUCGUAGUGUACAGCAAUACAAAUAAUGGUAUCCAAACUGUCAUAACAAAGGCUCAGGUCAGUGGCAAAGCAAGUGAGGUCUGCAUUACCAGUUUGACCAACACUGUGUAAUGACCUGCAUUCUUAGAUAGUAGUGUAGCUUGUGCCUUAGUUUGACUUCAUGCUCUUUCAGAAAAUAACCCAUGUUUUCCCUCUGAUCAAACUGAGAUACAGUGAAACUACAGCACAUGGUUUCUCAAAAUGUUCUACCUUAUUUAAAAAAACCCCACACAACACCAUCUGCAUGUCAGUAGUUGACUACUAAGUACCUCUUGCUCUGAAUCAUGGAGGGAAGAGAUAUUUUGAGCAUUUUAUGUAGCAUCACCCACAACACAGUACUUUUGUCCUCUCAGUAGUAUUUUACGCUUUGUGUUCACAGUCUUGCAACAGUUUCCAAAGACCCAAAAAAUUACUAGAAGCUUCUUGGAUUUCUAACUCUUUAAUGCUGGAAAUCAGGGUUCCAUGGUACUGUACACCUUGUAUUUGGCUUCUGCUUCAGAAGGGUUAAGUUUCAGUCAAUAUUACAGGAAGUGGGUAUAUUUUGAGUAAAGUUGAAAGGAAACAAAACCAAAGCCCCACAAGUCUAAUCACAGUAUUUAUUUAAUUGUGUAGAUAUUUUAAUCAGUGCCAGAAAUACCAUGACUUGCAAACCAGUUUACAGUGACCUUUAGUUCCAGUGUUCUUGGGCAAUAGUUACAUUUGCACUUUCUUCCCAUAUGAACAGGAGAAGGUCUGGUAUUAAGUGCAUAAAUCCCUGUUGAUAAUGUAUGGUUAAGUGAUUCACUGCUCCUUUUAUACCUUCUCUGCUUUAAAAUCACACAUAGUAUUAAAACAGCUAAGAAUGUAGCGUAUUGUAUGUAGAUACAUGUUUUGCCUUAAUGGAUGCAAAAGAGCAGUGAUAAUUGCUGUGCACUGAUUUUUUUUUUCAUAGGGCUUAAGCCCUGUAAAAACGACGCCAAUGGAUUUCCAUUCCAACAGUUAGAGGAAAACGUACAACCCUGCACUUUUUAUAGAUGCCUUGGUUUCCUGGAAUGGAGCUUAGUUGCUACUGUGUACCUGGCUGCAGAGCCACCUCAGGAAGUCCCUCUUUUUUUUUUUUUUUUCCUUCUUCUUUUUCCUUUUUUUCUUUUUUCUAAUUUAUUUAUAAAUAUGAAUGUUUACAUUAAAUGUAGGUCUUAAUUUUGACCACUCCAUUUAAAUUAUCAUCUAAAAUGUAUCACUUAAAAUGCAGUUUUAUGUUUAAAUUAUAUUCUAGAAAACUCAUUCUUACUAUUUUCAUAUGUAUUACAGUGACAUGUUUUCAUUCUGUUUACAUAUGCCCAAGUGAACGAGAGUUUCCUCCUAGGUUAAUUUUGCAGCUAUAACAUAAUAUUUUAUACGAUUGUUCCUUGAAAUGUUCCAAAUUGCCAAGUUUGUCAUCAUAAAACCUGUCAGGGUAGAACUUGGUGCCCUAAUGGUUUGGGAUCUUUUUCAGCCAAGUAUCUUGACCAUUUUUUCUGCAUUUAAUGGAAGUUCUCCCGUAAGUUAUCAUUUGCUUCACCUGCAUCUCUGUCUUUAUAUGGUCACUUCCUAAUUCGUGCCCUUUGCAAAGGGGGUUUGACAGGCUGUAAAAUAUAUCUGUAACAAAUGGGUGUCACGUCGCAGAGCCUGCACCGCUCUAAAGAGUUUGUCUUGUACAUAGCUUCUGUAAAUCAUAAAGUAAAUGGUUCAUGACUUUCAGUUCACAAAUGUCAUCUGUCAGGCGAGCACCACAGCGAGCUUAGUUUUCUUUUUGCUUUCUUAUGAUUAGUAAUGUUUUAAUUACUCAUCUAGGACAAAAUUAUCAAGUACAGUAAAACAUGGGAAAUACUUUGUUUAUACCAACAGUAAUUUAUUUUAUGGCAAAUUUUAAUACUGUAGAUGCACACAGCUUUGAGUCAGCAUAAGUGUAGUGCUAUAAAUAAAGCAAAUUGCUCAGUAAGUUUGUCAAUUUUAUUUUAUAAUGUUUUUAGUGAAAACUUAAAGGACUUUGUAGUUGGCAUUGAACUUUACCUGAAGACACUUCCAUAUUGAAUUUAGUAUCUGUUGACAUUUAUUUGGAAUAAUGAAUGAGUUUGAAAAUUGAUACUUUUCUAAAUGAUUUUAUUGGAAAGACACAUCAUUUAUAGUAUUUUCCUUUCUAUUGUUGCUGAUGCUCCUGUGCAAAGGUGUCUUCCAGGUUCAGUUUCUGCAGCUGAACUGCAGUUUUGAUUUUAAUACUCUUUAUUUGAAAUGUGAUUACAUACUGUAUGGUUCGAAUUUUUUAUGACUGCUUUUCUAAUUACAGUGCCGUUUUAUUACUUUAUAAACAAAUCCAAAACAAAUGAAAACAUUAUUCCAACUCUAGAAUCAAUAUUCAGUUUAUACAGAAAUCACAAUUCUCAGACUUGUCUUUAAUGUGAAAAAUUCAGCCUUUUGUGUUGUUUUAAUUACUGCUAGAAUAAAAUUAUCUUUUGUAACGUUUCAGAAAGUUGGUAAAAGCAAUAAACAAUCUCCUGGACUCUA